ACUCCACAAUUUUUAAGUUUCUAUCCUUACAUCGCCAAUUUCCGGUAACUUUUUUUGUUUUGUCGGAAAUGAAGUUCAGAAGGUGAAAGUAAAAAGAUAAAGAAUCCAGUUGUCUAGCAGUGCACACAUCAACUGGAUUGCCCCUAUUGGAUCCUGGAUCAGAUUUCAUCCAUUGUAUCUCAAGUGCCUACUCCAUGAUGUGUGAUCGGGAAAUAUGUAAAGAAACUUCGGAGCUGCCUCAGCCUCCUCCUCCACCUCCUCUUCCUCCACCCAUAAUAUGUGUCCAAGAAAUAACAAGAAGCGUUCAUGUCAACGAAGAUAGGCCAGCGGAGAAUAUAGUGAUCUCUAGAGGAAGAACUCUUCUGGAGAAUUCUCAAAUAAUCUUCAGCUUAACCCAGGCUUUAGAAGAAGACUUGUUGGGGAAGAUGGCGACACUGAUUGAAGAGCAAGGUGUGGAUGUCAACUCUACCCUUUCCUUUGGUGUUUGCAUUCUCCUCAAGGCUAUUCGCUGCCGUUCUACCAAAAUUGUGGAUUAUUUGAUAGAGAAAGGGGCCGACCCUGAGUCUUCUAUACGUGACCUUAUGAAACGGCCGUAUGGGCUGGAAGUGGAAUACAGCGUUUACUUUAAGAGAUAUGACCAGUGGUGUGUGGACACUUUGAAGAAACUGCUGCCCAUGAUGGGGGAGAGGCUGCACAGGAUAGUUGACACCGAAGGCAGAACACUUCUACAUUUAGCGUGUUAUUUCCCAGACCUCUCCAUCUUUGAAUACCUCCUCGAUCAAGGGCUGGACCCUAACAUCAAAGACAAUAGGGGAUCCACAGUGCUCAGCCUACUCAUAUCUCACCAUGAUACCAAAACUGCUUAUGAAAUGGUGCAACUGGUACUCAGCUUGCCUAAUAUACAGGUUGAUAUACGAAACGAUUCCGGUUCCACCCCGUUGUAUCAGAGUUUCUUGAUGAACCGCCUUGACUUUUUUUACCUCCUCCUGCGCAAAGGCGCUGACCCUUUCAUGCGCACCUACUCAGGGAACACACUGAUGCACUGCCCCUUCCUGCACUCCCACAAGUAUUUAAUCCUGUACGACCUUGGCCUCAACGUCAACGUGAAGACAAACAGCGGUUUGCGGCCCUUGCAGAAUAAGGCGGAGCUCAACUUUGAUUUCUUUCUGCUGAUUCUCUUGGGGAGGGAGGUCCUGCCAGAAGAGUAUGUGAAGAUGGAGAAGACCUUUGAACCCGCCAUCGUGAUGAGAAUCAGAGAGAAAGUGGAGAGGGGCGAGUUUCAUUGCACAAGGCUGCAAGCCAUGUGCAGGCAGACUAUCAGGAAAGCCCUAUUCAGAGCAGACCACACCUCCGUUGCUGAAAAUGUCUGGCACCUUCCACUUCCUAAGCCUUUACGUCUGUAUCUAGACGUCUACAUGUAUGGACAACAUUUAUUGGAUGCUUGGAGUGGCAAAUCUAAAAAUGCUGAUGUAAAGUGAUGGUUCAAUUUACAUUAAGUAAGGCAUGUAUUUAUCUAGUCAGAAUAGGAUACAUUACCUGAUAUGUUUUGUAUUGGCUUGAGAUAGACUAACACUUAAGGACAGAUUUAUACCUUCUUAAGAAGGUGAGCCUGGUGUCAGUCAGUUCAACCAGGUCACAAAGAGUUGGAUACUUCUACAAAGAAUCCACGACCUUAGCCUUCAACUGUAUUUAUAUGAGUGUGUAUCUAUUCGCAUAGAAUGAUUGUCUCACUGAACGCUUCCUAUUUGUUUACUUUCUGCUGCAAUAAACAACAAAAAAAUUGUUUAAAUGUUCUGUUAUUAUAUAAUUUUUUGGCUUUUUUUUUUUUUUUAGUAGAAAAUGGGAUUUAGUUUUGAAGCAAAUUUUUUUGUAUGUCUUUCAGUUGUGAUUUUCUGUUUUUUUGUUUUUUUAAAGCUAUUGAACAUUCACUGAGCUUAUUGGCUUAAAAAGUUUCAUCAGUUCAUGGUAAAACAAAAAUGUGAAUGUUGCCUAUUUGAGUUUUUACAAAGAAUUUUAUGUUGUAAUUAAUUAAUUGUUCUCACCCAAAAAAAUGUUUGUCCUACAUAUAUAUAUUUUUUAAUCCUGUGGUUAAAAAAAAACAUACUGGUACAUUGAUUUGUUGUUAAACCUGAUUUUUUUUUUAUUUUUCUAUUUUUUUUUUUUUUUGGGUUGUAUUCAUAAAAAAAAAUUUUAACAUUUGAGAUAAAUGGUUUAAAUUAAUUUAUUUUACUUUUUUUUUUUAAUUCAUCUCCAUGUUGUAAAAAAAAAAAAAAAAAGAAGGGGGUGAAUGUGUCAGUUUAGUGGAAAUGUUUACAAAAAUAAUUGAAUUUUUUUUUCUUUUUCUGCUUAUCUUUAUGUUAUAAAUUACAAAUGUUUCUUCAAAAGAAAAGAUAAUUGAUAAUUAUGUCCUAUGUGUAUCAAUGUGUUAAUCUAGUCUGCAUAUUAAUUAGAGACUUAAAACUCAGCUAAAUUGUUGGUUUUCUUGGCUGAUUCAGGCAACCCCUUCCAUGCUCUAAUUACACAAGGGAAGAAGCAGCACCUUUACUAAUGUCUUAGUUGUUUCAAAACAUUAAUUAGUUUUCAUUUCAUUUGUUCUCUUACUCUAUGGAUGCUCACUAUUUCAGUGAAUACCCUAAAUGAUCAAUGUCACACCUUCAACUUACAAAGGCUGGUUUUGGAUUUAGGAGUCAGUUGUUCACAAAUUAUUUUUUUUUCUUUUUUAGAAAAAUCACACAAUUUUUUUUUGCAUCCCAACUUUGUCAUUAAAAGUCUCUUCUGUUGUAUGCUACCAUAUGACUGAUAAUAAUUGGCUUGUUGUUGGCCCUUAGAAAUACUUAGGUAAAAAUAAAGAAAUAAUUUUCAAGUCCUUGUCUUCUUUAAACCCUUUUACAAUUAUGAGAAAAACAGCAACAUGAUCUUUUGUUGUUCUUCAACAAUACUAAUACUUUGGUAUUUUUAAAAAGAAACUGGUGCACAUUUUAUGAAAUUGUUUAUUUCUUUCAGUUGUAACUUUUUUUUGGUGUUGAUUAUUUGCCUACAAAUUUGACUUCCCAGUUAUUUUAUUUAUCAGUGUAUGUCAUAAAUACAAAAAUAAUGUGAUAUUCAUUUUAUGUUGAUAUUUAGUUUUUUGUUGUUUUUUUCUAAACUACUUGCGAUGAAAUAUUUGUGACUUAAAAACUAAAAGCUCUGUAUCUUAAUAUCCACCUUUUUUUUUGUGUGUUACAAUGGCUUGUUUUGCAUAUUUUAAAUUUAUUGCCUUUAGAAGUAAAUAUAUUUAUUUCAUUUUUUUGUUGUUGUUAUCUUGAUAAGCUUAUAAGGUUUAUCUACACAAAUAGGUGCUACAAAGUAAUAACAAUGAUUGUUGUGAAUUGGUCUUUGUACAGUUUAAUGCACUUCAUGGUUACAGAAUGUAGUAAAACUGAAAUAGAAUUCUGAAUACAUGUACUAGUUUCUCUGUGAAUUGAAAGAAAUAAAAUUCUAGUUGAAACAUUA